UGACAAAAUGGAACCCACCAGCAGUGUGAGGAGACCUGAAAGUGGCACAUGGCAGAGUGUGGCAAUGGAGACAGCAGCAAUGGGAGGCCGUACAGGGACCCAUGACACACUCUGGACCUGGCAGCAGCAUGAGGAGGCGGUACAGGGGCCCAUGACAGAUUACGGGCCUGGCAGCAGCAUGAGGAGUCGGUACGGGCCCAGCACCCUAUCACAAAAUGGAACCCACCAACAGUGUAAGGAGACCUGAAAGUGGCACAUGGCGCAGGGUGGCGGUGGAGGGAGCAGUAUUCGGAAGCCAUACACAGGCCUAGGUUAAAAAGCGGAAGCCGUCAGCAGCGUGA